CACAACAUACUAAAUCUAGUCAUUCGAAGACUGUUGCUAAUUUGAUAUCUAGUUUUUGUCACGGGGGGAUUUUGCUGGCAGACUGAACAUGCGGCGGAGAGAGGAGAGUGCCUCAGCUGAGCAGAGAUUGUUUCCAACCUACAACAAAUCUCCAGACGAUGUUCCAAUCAGACCUGGGCAGACAUUCGGGGGUUCUAAUAAUAAGUCACAAAUCCGAAAAUUCAAUUUUCACCCAAGAGAUUUCAUAAACUCAAGACGGAGGGAUAGUGGCCCGGUACGUGCCUGGGGAGGACGAAACACCGCUAACGGCUCUGCGCAAUAUUCAACGCCAUCUCGACACCCGCUGAGCUCGCCAACAUUGGUUGAUAAUGAUGACAGGGUAUUGAAACGUCGGCGUCAUUCAUCUGGCCCAGUCAUUGAUUUAGUGGUUGAUGAUGACACACAGUCGGUUCACGAAGGAGACACACGUCGAGACCAGAGUGUGGAACCAACUGGAGACUAUGAAACGAAAGGAAACCCAACCCAAGUGUUUCAGGUCCCAGAAGAUGAUGACCCUGAGGAUGCUUCCGUGGAAGUGAAAUCGACCAAAGAAGAGAAUAGAUCAGGCGAAUCUAUAGAGAUUGACGAUAUUGCCCCCUUGCAGGUCGAAAAAGUCAACUCUACAACUCACGUCGUUAAAGACGCAGCUGACAGUGAAGAACACCAUCUUUCUGACAGGAGUGAAAGCCCGGAUGAGCUACAGAAGGACGUCACAUUUCGAACGUAUCCUAGAAAACCCGCUUCAAAUCUCCGAGCCAUCAAUUUCGAAUCAAUUUCCGAUGAAGACAUCCAAAAGCAAAGUAGGGGAUUAAAACGCAGAAUUUCGCCGAAUGAUAUCCGGCCAACACUCUUCAACUCGUCAAAUAAGACUCCAGAGAGAAGAUAUCCCCGCAGCCAGCGAUUUGUUGCAUCCCACAGACACCUAUUUGAAGUAAGCUUCUUUAGGUAUGGCAAUGUCAAAGUUGAAAACCGAAGCGUCCAGCUAUUCCUUGAUGAGGGGAAAGGAACUAUUGGACUGCUCACUUCGAGCAAGCUGCAACCGUCAGUGAGCGUACCGAUUCGCCGGAUAAUGCAGGUCCUAGUAGGUUCACAUAGUAGCUUAAAAACUCGAUUCAGUCUUUCCAAAAUUGAGGGUUCUGUGAAUCAGGAUCUGGUCGAUGUUGAGUUUGCAAGCGAACAAGAAAAAGACCAGCUUUGUUCUUUGCUACAAAAGAAAAAUGUGAAACUUCGUGAGAAAUUAGGGAAUUGGAUGGACAAAGCCUUUAAUAAUGUGACUACUAUCGACCUGAUUCAUCAAAAGCGGCCGAGCAGUCCCGGUAGUCCAGAGCCUGCCGACAGUACAAAGCCCGACCUAGUGAAACGACAAAGGUUAUCAGCGACAAUGCAAGGCGAAGAGGAAUCUCUCAAAGGUAUCAAGCAGCCACCACGUCGGAUGGCUUUACCAGUUACGCAGUCUUCUGGUCCAGUCAAGAAUACUCGGUCAACACACGACGAUGAAGGAAUCGCAAUCCCAGUGAAAACAUAUCAAGCAUUUCUCAAAGAACGGGAAACAAGAUGCAAGGAUCGCCAAGGUCUUGUUGACUUAGUCGAAAAUGAACCUAAUUCCAUCCCCGAGACAGCCUCCCCCGGUGACGGCACGUGGUCGAAACCACUCGUGUACCCGCGCGUGGGAAAGAAAAAGGCAGAAGUCAAUAGUUACGACCUCGAGCGCUUACGCGACGGAGAGUUUCUGAACGACAAUCUUAUAGGCUUGUAUGCUCGCUUCUUGGAGCAUUACCUUGAACGAAACAAACCAGAAGUGUCCAAGCGGGUUUACUUCUUCAAUUCGUAUUUUUAUGCCACGCUCACCACUCCUGUCAAGGGGAGAAAGGGAAUUAACUAUCCAGGCGUUGCGAAAUGGACGAGAAAUGUCGAUCUAUUCGACCAUGACUACGUCAUUAUCCCUAUCAAUGAAAGCGCCCAUUGGUAUCUGGCUAUAAUUUGCAACCUCACCAGUCUCAAGAGACGCUACAAGGCCGAGGAAGUAGAGGUCGCGUCGGAGCAAGAAUCUCCAGAGCAACAAGAGACGAUUGAUCAGAAAGAAAUCCCCGAGACUCCUCCUUCUGCAAAAGCUGCUACCCCUGAAGAGACCACCCGCGUCUCGCAUGCGUGGAUGAAAGUAAACGACGUCGUGCCAAACUCAAAUCCUCAAAGCGGCGCAGAUUCUGCCGAUGAGUGGCCCGAGAAGGAAGAGAAUCGGACUUCGCCACCUGGUGCUUUCCACAACGGAAAUUCUUUUGAACCCAAUCAGUCAAUUGCUGCUGAUACGGAUUUUGUGAAGAGGAAGAAGCCCAAAUUUGCAGGCCCGAUAUACUCGCUUGACCAGCCAACAAUCAUCACAUUUGAUUCACUCAAUGAACCUAGGCAGCAUGCUAUCAAGGUCCUGAAACAAUACCUCGUCGGAGAAUCAAUCAAAGCAAAGAUCCAAUUCAGCAUGAAGGAUGUCAAAGGCAUGACGGCCAAAGGAAUUCCGUUGCAGCCUAACUUUUCUGAUUGCGGUCUCUAUCUGCUAGCAUAUUUGGAGAAGUUUGUGCAGGAGCCAGACACAUUCAUCAGAAACCUGCUCCGGAGAGAAAUGGACACACAUAUUGACUGGCCUACUUUGAAGUCGGGACUGUUGCGACGGAGACUCCGCGAAUUUCUCUUCAAGCUGCAUGACGAGCAAGAAAGUGGUCGGGACACUGGUUUAUUGGUGGAUGCACAGCCAAUCUCUUACUUAUUAGGUCCCUCGACCGCUAAUCCGACUGAAAACGCGCAAGAUGCCGAAGCUGCCCCUGUUGCCGAACCGGAAAUUAUCGCUGAUUCUUUCCAAGAGAAGGAUAAAGAAGAUGAAGCCGAUUCAGAUGAGCAGUCUAUCGUUCAAGAGACGCAGAUUUCAGAGCAACAAAGCGCUCCAGAUCCUCCCCCUGAGCGGGAGACAAUCAAUGGGUCAAAAGCAGCGCAACAUGUCAGUGAGGUGGUCGAGAUUCCCAAAACACCAGAACGUGAAUUGCCAAACCGUGAAUCGAACGCUAAUGUGGAGAUACUUGACAGUUCGCCUGUUGACAUGAAAGACGCUGCAGAUAAAUCCGGAAAAGAAAGUCCUGGUCCUGGGAAGCGUGUCGAAGCUGAUAAAGAUGUGUUCGAAGACAUGUUUGAGUACCUUAGUCAGGACACUCCUCCACGGAAUAUUGUGGAGGUGCGAGUACCUAUUGUGCAGGUGCCGGGAACACCACCGUCGUCUAAAAAGCCUGGCAGAGACAGAACUAGUCCUCGACAGGUUAAGUCGAAGAGGAGGACUUCAUGA